AUGGCGGCGGGGCGAGCGCGGCGGCUGCUCGGCUCCCUCUGGCUGGCGCUGCUCCUCGGGCAGCCGCAGCCCUCGGCCGCCGCCGCGCGGAGCGGCCCCCGGAGCCCCCUGACAGGGUCUGUUGUGAGAACCUUCACUCCUUUUUACUUCCUGGUGGAGCCGGUGGACAUUCUGUCAGUUCGUGGGGCAUCUGUUAUAAUGAACUGCUCAGCUUAUUGUGAAACUCCUCCGAAGAUCGAAUGGAAGAAAGAUGGGACUCUUCUAAACUUGGUCUCAGAUGACCGCCGCCAGUUGCUGCCAGAUGGGUCUUUAUUAAUAAACAGUGUGGUGCAUUCCAAGCAUAAUAAACCCGAUGAAGGAUAUUAUCAGUGCGUGGCAACUGUGGAAAGCCUGGGGACCAUUGUAAGCAGAACAGCAAAGCUCACGGUAGCAGGUCUUCCCAGGUUCACCAGCCAGCCGGAGCCGUCGUCUGUCUAUAAAGGAAACAGUGCAAUCCUCAACUGCGAGGUGAACGUUGACCUCGCGCCGUUUGUGAGGUGGGAGCAGGACCGGCAGCCCCUCCUCCUGGAUGAGCGUGUCUUUAAGCUGCCAAGCGGGGCGCUUCUUGUUGGUAACACUACUGAUACAGAUGGAGGGUUCUACCGCUGCGUCAUCGAAAGUGGAGGCACCCCCAAAUACAGCGAGGAGGCAGAGCUCAAAAUUCUUCCAGAUCCAGAAGAGCCCCAGAGCCUGGUCUUCGUGAGGCAGCCAUCUUCACUUACUAAAGUUACUGGGCAAAAUGUGGUGUUUCCAUGUGUUGCUGGAGGAUUUCCAACUCCGUAUGUCAGAUGGACGAAAAAUGGAGAAGAGCUAAUCACAGAAGACUCCGAGAGGUUUGCGCUGCGUGCGGGGGGCAGCCUGCUCAUCACUGAUGUUACAGAAGAGGAUGUGGGGACCUACACCUGCAUAGCAGAGAACGAGAACGAGACGAUUGAAGCUCAGGCAGAGCUUGCAGUACAAGUUCCUCCUGAGUUUCUGAAGCGACCUGCAAACAUUUAUGCUCAUGAAUCUAUGGACAUUGUCUUUGAGUGUGAAGUGACUGGAAAACCUACUCCAACUGUGAAGUGGGUCAAGAACGGAGACGUGGUGAUUCCAAGUGACUACUUCAAAAUCGUUAAAGAACAUAAUCUGCAAGUAUUGGGUCUGGUGAAAUCAGAUGAAGGAUUCUAUCAGUGCAUUGCAGAAAAUGAUGUUGGAAAUGCACAGGCUGGAGCCCAGCUGAUAAUACUGGACCUCGAUGUUGCCAUCCCAACAUUACCUCCCACUUCACUGACCAGUGCCACUAAUGACCAUCUAGCACCAGCUACAACGGGACCACUGCCUACAGCCCCUCGGGACGUCGUGGCCACCCUCGUCUCCACUCGCUUCAUCAGGCUGACGUGGCGGACACCGGUGUCAGACCCGCAGGGAGACAACCUCACCUAUUCCAUCUUCUACACCAAGGAAGGUAUCAACAGGGAACGUGUUGAAAACACCAGUCGUCCUGGAGAGACACAAGUGAUGAUCCAAAACCUGAUGCCAGAAACAGUUUAUGUCUUCAGAGUUGUGGCUCAGAACAAGCACGGCCACGGAGAGAGCUCAGCACCACUGAAGGUGGCCACGCAGCCCGAGGUUCAGCUGCCUGGUCCAGCACCCAAUAUCCGAGCAUACGCCAGCUCCCCCACCUCUGUCACCAUCACGUGGGAAACGCCGCUGUCUGGCAAUGGGGAAAUCCAGAACUACAAGCUCUACUACAUGGAGAAGGGGCAGGACAGUGAGCAGGAUGUUGAUGUAGCAGGACUCUCCUACACCAUUACUGGAUUAAAGAAGUACACUGAGUAUAGUUUCCGAGUGGUGGCUUACAAUAAACACGGCCCUGGCGUCUCUACCCAAGAUGUUGUUGUGCGGACGCUGUCAGAUGUUCCCAGUGCUGCACCACAGAAUCUAACGCUGGAGGUGCGGAAUUCCAAGAGCAUCAUGCUGCACUGGCAGCCUCCUCCUGCAGGGACACACAGCGGCCAAAUCACCGGCUACAAAAUCCGCUACCGCAAAGUGUCCCGUAAGAGUGAUGUGAGCGAGAGCGUCGGGGGGACACAGCUUUUCCAGCUAAUUGAAGGUCUUGAGCGAGGCACGGAGUACAACUUCCGGAUAGCUGCCAUGACUGUGAAUGGCACUGGGCCAGCUACUGACUGGGUGUCAGCAGAAACAUUUGAGAGCGAUCUAGAUGAAAGCCGUGUUCCUGAAGUUCCGAGCUCCUUACACGUCCGUCCUCUGGUCACCAGUAUUGUGGUAAGCUGGACUCCACCUGAGAACCAGAACAUUGUGGUGAGAGGUUAUGCCAUAGGGUAUGGCAUCGGCAGUCCUCACGCACAGACCAUCAAGGUGGACUAUAAACAGAGAUACUACACCAUUGAAAACUUAGACCCGAGCUCACACUACGUCAUAACUCUGAAAGCAUUCAACAAUGUUGGUGAAGGAAUUCCUCUCUAUGAGAGUGCAGUGACCAGGCCUCAUUCAGUGCCAGAUCCAUCUCCCAUGAUGCCACCGGUGGGAGUUCAGGCUUCCAUUCUGAGCCAUGACACCAUACGGAUCACUUGGGCAGACAACUCUCUGCCAAAGAACCAGAAGAUCACGGAUGCUCGCUACUACACAGUUCGCUGGAAAACCAAUAUUCCUGCAAAUACAAAGUACAAGACGGCCAACGCGACCACUCUGAGCUACUUAGUGACUGGGUUAAAACCAAACACCUUGUAUGAAUUCUCCGUGAUGGUGACUAAGGGGCGAAGAUCCAGCACGUGGAGUAUGACAGCACAUGGGACAACUUUUGAACUAGUUCCUACUUCACCUCCCAAGGAUGUGACUGUGGUGAGCAAAGAGGGAAAACCUCGGACCAUCAUUGUGAACUGGCAGCCUCCGUCCGAAGCCAACGGCAAAAUUACAGGAUACAUCAUUUACUACAGUACAGACGUGAAUGCUGAGAUACACGACUGGGUUAUUGAGCCCGUUGUGGGGAACAGGCUGACCCACCAGAUACAAGAGCUGACCCUCGACACCCCGUAUUACUUCAAAAUUCAGGCCCGCAACUCGAAGGGCAUGGGGCCCAUGUCUGAGGCUGUCCAAUUCAGGACCCCUAAAGCUUCGGGAUCUGCAGGGAAAGGAAGCCGCCCGGUGGACGUGGGGCCGGACUACAAACCCCCGCUCAGCGGCAGUAACAGUCCCCAUGGAAGUCCGACGUCUCCCUUGGAUAGCAACAUGCUACUUGUCAUCAUAGUGUCUGUUGGGGUCAUCACCAUUGUGAUAGUGGUCAUCGUUGCCGUUUUCUGCACUCGUCGUACCACUUCUCACCAAAAAAAGAAACGGGCUGCCUGCAAAUCAGUGAAUGGGUCCCACAAGUACAAAGGGAAUUCCAAAGAUGUCAAGCCUCCUGACCUUUGGAUCCAUCAUGAAAGACUGGAGCUAAAACCCAUUGAUAAAUCUCCAGAUCCCAAUCCAAUCAUGACAGAUACCCCAAUCCCUCGCAACUCCCAGGACAUCACCCCAGUUGAUAAUUCCAUGGACAGCAAUAUUCACCAAAGGCGGAACUCCUACAGAGGGCAUGAGUCGGAGGACAGCAUGUCCACGCUGGCAGGAAGAAGGGGGAUGAGGCCCAAGAUGAUGAUGCCUUUUGAUUCUCAGCCUCCUCAGCCUGUGAUUAGUGCCCAUCCCAUCCAUUCACUCGAUAACCCUCACCAUCAUUUCCACUCCGGCAGCCUCGCUUCUCCAACUCGCAGCUAUCUCCAUCACCAGGUCAGCCCGUGGCCGAUGGGCACAUCCAUGUCCCAUUCAGACAGGGCCAAUUCCACAGAAUCCGUUCGGAACACACCGAGCUCCGACACCAUGCCGGCCUCCUCAUCCCAGCCGUGUGCAGACCACCAGGACCCCGACAGCAGCUCGGGUGCUUACCUGGGCAGUGCACAGGAGGAGGACGCGGCCCAGAGCCUGCCCACAGCUCACGUCCGCCCAUCCCACCCGCUGAAGAGCUUUGCAGUGCCAGCAGUGCCAGCAGCCGGCUCUGCCUACGACCCCGCGCUGCCCAGCACCCCGCUGCUGACCCAGCAAGCUCCCUCCCAUCCAGUUCACUCAGUGAAGACUGCAUCGAUUGGGACUUUAGGAAGAACACGGCCUCCCAUGCCUGUGGUGGUUCCCAGUGCCCCUGACGUGCAGGAGACCACCAGGAUGCUCGAGGACUCGGAAAGCAGCUAUGAACCAGAUGAGCUGACCAAAGAGAUGGCCCACCUGGAAGGACUCAUGAAGGACCUAAAUGCCAUCACUACAGCAUGACCACCUUCACCAGGACAUGACUCCAGAUUGUUUCACACGUCUUGGGACUCAGCCUUGGAACACAAGGAGUUGUACAGUAAAAAAAAAAAA